GAGGGAUCGCGGAUUGUAAACAAAAAGUUUUAGGGGAAUAUAACGUACAUAUUAACGCUCCGCGCAGGUUUAUUUAGCUUCCAGCUAUAAACUUAGCUGCUAAACGUGAAGCAGUAUCUCUAGAUAUUGUAAAUAGUCAGUUGUGUCCGUCGUUUUUCUCUUAAAUUUGUCGUGACCAGCUGGUUAGCAGCUCGGUCAGCAGUCCUCUCUCCGCUCUCUUCUGCCUUCACACAAAUGUUCAACAUGUUGGACGCGGCUGCAGAGCAGAUGAUGGUCCACAAGGAUUUCCAGGCGGCUCUUGACUCCUGCGACAGAGGUCUGCAGAGUCUCGCCAGCAUGGACUCAGAGGACAACAGGUGCGGAGAGUUGAAAGCUGGUUUCUGCAUCUUAGGGAUUCAAGCCCUGGCGGAGCUGAAUCAGUGGCAGGGUGUCCUCUCCUGGGUGCUUCAGCAGUACGAGCACCCAGAGAAAAUACCAGCAAAAAUAAUGCAGAUGUGCAUACUUCUUUACUCUAAGGUGGGUGAGUCAGCUGUGAUGCAGGAGGCAGCCAGAGUUUGGUUACACAGCCCGUCCAACAGCAGAGUAUCAGGGUUCGGGACCGUCGCAGAGUUGUACCUGCUGCACGUCCUCGUGCCUCUGGGACACACGGAGGAGGCUCGGGAGUUGAUCGUUGGCGAGGUUGGAAGCGGCGCCUUCACAGAAGACCAGAGACAGACAGCGCUGGAUGUUGUAGUAGAAAAAGAGCAGCAGAAUCAAGAACCACCUCUAAGUCCUGGUUGCAGCCCAAACUCCGAGAUCAGUGCACAUACCGUCUCAACUAAAGGUGCUGUAAUCCGUAAACUUGAAGCCAUGCUCAGUUUUUUAUACAGAAAACUGAGGGUAACCGGGUCUGGCUCAUUCAGUCUACAGAGGAUCUUUCUGGCCGCUGUCCUUCUCUACAUGCUCUUUGUCCAAAUGGAUCCAGCUCUCCCGUCUUCAUUCAUGUGGAUUUCCAAACUUCUUCAGAUGCUCAAACAGAUGUGGAGUUCCAUGUUUGCACCGUACUCCCAUUCUCUCCCUCAGAGCAAAGGACUGUAAAGGACAGAAAACUACCUUACACUUACACUCUGUCCAUUGUUUUGACUUCUUUUUUUUUUCCUUUUUUUAAGAGAACAUGGCUUUGCCCCUAUGAAAAUCAACAAAGGAACAAGAACAUUUCCUGCGGUGUUGUUUUUUUUAGCUACAAACCACAGACUUUUGAUACUGUCAAGAUGUUCCACAGACUGUGAGAGGCUGAUGUUUUUUCAGCCUUUACAGUGCACGUCACUGAGCUCUUCCACUCCCAUAAAUUCACCUCAGGUCCUGACUCACACAUCCUGAAGGUUGCAGGACCAGAUUUUCCAUCAUGAGGCAACAUCAUAAUUACAGUACUUUAUUUAACCAGGACAAUGAUUGACUGAGAUUUUACAACAGCUGCACCUACAUCACCUAUAACACAGACUGAUAAUAAAAUAGCAGUCAUUCGACAGUGAAUGCAUCAGAGGUCAAAAUAAUGGCAGUAUAUAUAUAUCACUACAAGCAACAUGACAACAAAUACAUGCAAAUAAAAUAUGAUAAUAAAUGAAGAUUCCAGUUUGA